AUGGCGUCUCUCUAUCUAGCUACUACGCGCGCGUGUGUCGUCGACAACAUUGAGCCACCCAGCUUUCAUGACUCCCAUUAUGAUGUUAUUUUUCGUCGCCAGCGAAAUAGACCCAAGGAUGGUGGAGGUCUCAAGUCUACAACGGUGCCCUCGCGUUUCUUGAACCUCUCUGGAAAGUUUGAAUUUGCUGGAUGGGGCUCCUUUUCCCAGUUCAAGCUUGACGCGGCAGAGCGCGAUGCCGGGGAAUCGCAUGUAAGAAGUGCUAGGGAUUCCAAGGUGCUCGGUCAAUUCACUGCAAGUGCGCUGGCUGGCAACGCUGUACUGGGUAGCGUGUUCUAUGCCCUACUUGCCGUUGUUGCAGUGGCAAGCAUAUAUUCCCCUAUAUCUCUUUUCAUCGCGACUAUGACGCUGUUCUUAUGGCGCCCAAUCAUGGCGGAACUUGGUUCUGCUCUGCCCAUAACAGGAGCACCCUACUCUUAUAUACUUAACGUCUCCACCAAAUCUUUCGCUUUGAUCAGCGCAGCGCUCUUAUUGCUAGAUUAUGUCUGUACGUCGGUUGUUUCUGCGGCAACGGCGGCGACGUAUUUAUCAGGGGAGGUUGAUCUUCCGUUCCCUUCCUUUGUCGGAGCUAUCAUUGUCUUGGUAUUAUUUACCAUUAUCAGUCUCAGCGGUAUCAGAGAAAGUGCCCGGCUUGCCUUAGCGUCUCUCUCUUUCCACGUCGGAACCAUGAUCGUCCUUAUGGUCGCAUCGGCCAUUCAUUGGGGGAAUAUCGGUAAUGACCAACUUCGCGAAAAUUGGAUUUCCAACCAAGCUCCUUCGACGAGUAAGCUCGCAAGGCAUGUAUUCGAUGGCUGGUGCCUUGGAAUGCUCGGCUUGACCGGAUUUGAAUGUGUACCUGCCUACAUCGCUCGAAUUAAGCCCGGUGCACUGCCUCUUGUAUUUCGGAAUUUGCAUUACCCCGCCAUAAUCCUGAAUACCCUUAUCAUGGUUCUGGUGAUGGCGGUAGUUCCCUUGGAGGUUGUUCUGCAAGCAGACAAUCUCCUCAGUGUCCUCGCCGAGAUGUCAGCAGGCAGGUGGCUGAGAGUAUGGGUAGUUGUAGACGCUAUCAUUGUGCUAUGUGGGGGCGUUCUAACUGGUAUACUGAGCGCAUGCGAAUUAUUUGAGAAGUUGACCCAUGAUCACGUCCUUCCUCAACUGUUCGUUCACCCGCUUCCAUUCUUCCGAUCUUCUUAUGUGUCAGUGCUCUCGUUCGCGGCAUUCAGUGGUGUCAUCUAUGCUAGUACAGGCGCUAGCCUUGUUAUUAUGUCGAAAAUAUUCUCAUUAGUGUGGUUAUCGGUUAUGGCGUUAUUCCCGCUAUGCCUUCUACUUCUGAAAUUCAAUCGUGGCCGUCUAACAAGGACUCCUAAAACUCCUGUAUCAAUAGUGUUCUUGACACUGGCUGUUGUCCCGACUGUAUUUGCAGGUAACAUUGCUAUCGAUCCGAUCACGUUUGGGUUUUUCUCAGCCUACUUUGUCUUCAUUACCAUGCUGUUUUCAAUCACGCAACAAAAGACUUGUCUCUUGCGGUGGAUUUAUUGGAUAUAUGAUCAAUAUCCAGUCCUGCAGCGGUGGAAUGCAACAAAGUUAUGGGACAAUAAAUUGAUGAAUGCGAUGACUAGACUAAAGCGUAAGCCCGUUUGUAUACUGGCUAAAACUGAUGAAAUCAGCUACUUGAUGCGUAUGAUCCUCUAUGUGCAAAAGAACGAGGAAACCUCGUCCCUGAAUAUCAUCCACUUUGCCGAAGAAGAGGAGGGUAUCCCUUCGGAGUUAGAGGUAAAUGCCAGAAUAUUGGAUGAAGCCUUUCCAGAAAUUACGAUAGAUCUGAUAAUCGUUCGCAACUCCUUCGAUCCGCCCAAUGUCGUUGCUCUGGCACAUAGACUACAGAUACCCCUGUCUCUAAUGUUCAUGACUUGUCCUGGGCCUGCAUUUUCUUAUUCCGUAGCUGAUUUCGGCACACGUAUCGUAACUCUUUGA